AUGUGGAUUAUUCACAUAGCCAAAUGUUUGUGUGUGCUUUCUGCAGGUGUACAUGAGUUCCCUGAUGAUAUCUUCACCAAUCAGGAGCGAAUGGAUGGGGCUGUAGCCUUGCAUGUUCUGUGUGCCAUGUAUAUGUUUUACGCACUGGCACUGGUGUGUGAUGACUACUUUGUGCCCUCUCUGGAGAAGAUCUGUGAGCGCCUCCAUCUCAGUGAGGAUGUAGCAGGAGCCACGUUCAUGGCAGCAGGAAGUUCAGCUCCUGAACUCUUCACCUCAGUCAUAGGUGUAUUUAUCACUAAAGGAGAUGUGGGAGUGGGCACAAUCGUGGGUUCUGCUGUCUUCAAUAUCCUCUGCAUCAUCGGAGUGUGUGGGAUCUUUACUGCUCAGGCAGUACGGCUCUCAUGUUGGACGUUAAUGAGAGACUCGACAUAUUACACUAUCUCAGUGACCACUCUGAUCGUGUUCAUCUAUGAUGAGAAGGUGACAUGGUGGGAGUCACUCAUCCUAAUAGUACUGUACAUGUUUUACAUUAUAUUAAUGAAAUUUAACUCACGGGUGGUUAAUUACAUCGAGCGGCGGAAAAAGAACUCAACAAAUCUGGGUAAUGGCACAGCCAGUAACACAGACAUCGACGAUGGGUGCGAUGCCACUGUCGUGCUUCUUAAGAAAGCAAAUUUCCACAGGAAGCCAUCAGUGCUGAUGGUGGAUGAACUCUUGUCUGCAUACCCUCAUCAGCUGUCCUUCUCUGAGGCUGGAAUGAGAAUCAUGAUCACCAGCCACUUCUCCCCUCGCACACGCCUCACCAUGGCCUCCAGAAUGCUUAUUACAGAGAGGCAGCGUCUGAUCAACAGUCGUUUUAGUAACGGGGAUUCAGAGGUGACUGUAAAGAUCCCAGGAAAGCAUGGGGUGGAGAAUGGGCUGGCAGGAACAGACCGAGGCCUGAACGGGCGAAAGACAGGUCACCAUGAUGACGACAGGGGAGGAGCUGAAGCCGGCACUGACACCGAAAAUGAGAACGAGGACAAUGAAAACAAUGAGAACGAUGAGGAGGAAGAGGAAGAAGAUGAAAACGAAGGACCCUAUGUACCAUACCGCUGCCCCGGUGGGGGCUUUAAUAAGCUAAAGUGGCUGCUGGCCUGGCCACUGAGUCUGCUGCUGUUCCUUACCGUGCCCAACUGUUCCACGGCUCGCUGGGAGCGCUGGUAUAUGGUCUCGUUCAUCUCCUCCACCCUCUGGAUUGCUUUCUUCUCUUACAUCAUGGUUUGGAUGGUCACAGUGAUCGGUUACACUAUGGGCAUCCCUGAUGUCAUCAUGGGCAUCACUUUCUUGGCUGCUGGGACCAGCGUUCCUGACUGUUUGGCCAGUUUAAUUGUCGCACGGCAAGGAAUGGGUGACAUGGCUGUGUCUAACUCCAUUGGUAGUAAUGUGUUUGAUAUCCUGAUUGGGCUUGGUCUGCCCUGGGCCCUCCAGACUUUGGCCAUCGACUAUGGCUCAACAAUUCACCUGAACAGUAAAGGCCUGAUUUUCUCAGUCGGGCUGCUUCUAGCAUCUGUGUUUCUCACGGUUCUCGGUGUGCAUUUGAACAAGUGGAAGCUGGACAAGCGCUUGGGCUUCAUUUGUUUGCUGAUGUACGCUGUCUUCCUGUGUUUCUCCAUCCUCAUAGAGUUUAACAUAUUCACCUUCGUCAAUCUGCCCACCUGCCGCGAGGAAUGAGACAGUUCUUUGUCCCGGCGCUCCCUCCUUGACCUUGUGAGGACAAUGGCACAAGUCCUCGAAUCAGAGGCAGACCGGCUCUCGUUCUGAAGGAAUAUUUAUUUAUUGAUCUAGCUGAUCCUUUAUCGAUCCUCUAUUUUUCUUUCCAAUGGGUGCAAUAUUGACGGAGUCUGGAUCUGUGGUGUUACAAGUGGAGAGAGAGGAUGUGUGUAAAGAAUGGUCCUGUUGACUGAUAUAUAGACUGUUCUAACGGCACAGGAACGUGGGAAAUGAAGACUACUGCCUGGUUUGAUGUGAAUACUUUUGUUGUUGUUUUUCAAAAUAUUUUGCAUAUUACAUAUAAAAAGAAUAUGAUGUAAAUGUAUUUUAUGAUGGUAUUUGUUUUAUUAGCUGCUAAUUUACUGAAGAAGAGGCUGGACUUAUCAAUGUCGGUAAAAAUUGAGAUUUAUGAGGGUUCGUUAUUUUGCUGAAAGGUACUGGUGACCUCUAGGAAAUACUUGUAUUCAGUCCUCUUUUUAAUUUGGGCAUUACCUAGUCGUCACCUUCAUAUUACAAGAACGAUCAGGACGUCAGGGUCAUUCGUGUCUACAUUUUUCAGAUGAGAAUAUGUUUACGGUGCAGAGGAGGUAAUAAAACCGAAAAUUUUAAGAUCAAAUUUUACUCAAAAAAAGAGAUAAACAGCGGGCAUUUGUUUGCACCUGUGUGGAAACACAUGUUGGAACGCUACGACCAACAUAUUUAUGUUUAGUGAGACAAUAUUCUUGUGUGAUAUAUGGGUUUCUAUAGAUGUUUCUCAAUUUUUCUUUUGUCUUUAACACUCUGUAUAUACUGAAACAGAGAAAGGUUUAUUUAUUAAUUUAUUGAAAGCUAUUUAUGCACAUUACUUUCCUAUGACGUACUGAAACAAAACCAACCCACAGCUGUCCCAAAGAAGAGACCGUUCUGGAGUUUCAGCCAGGCUGCGCAGUUUUGUCUUUCAGACUUAUGUGUCAGCCUUUUCUACUGGAUUCCUCCUUCUUCAUCUCUGAAUAUUAUGCACCCUGUUAGAUGCACCUUUGACUUGAUGCGUAAAACCGUUUCUACUAUUUGAUAUCGGUGUGACAUGACAGAGGUAACUGUAAAGAUUUUUUGAACACUCAAAACUUUGGCUGUCAACUAAGGGAAAAUAUAUAGAUAAAUAUAUAUAUUUUAUACUUAACUGUUUUGACAUUUAAGACCGGUCCAUUCCCUUUUGAGAGUGAAUGGAGUGAGUGAGCCACAAACCUACGAAGCUGAUUAGCAGGAACGUGUCCUGGUAAAAUGAAGCUAACGUUGACCGUUUCAAAGUCAAUCCGUAUGCUCUAGAAGAAGUCAAGUCAUUUGUCUCUUAGCAUGCUUCUCUAAUCUUAGAGUUAUCCAGGAUAUUUGGAAGAAAUCCUCUCAGCAGAACAAGGAUCAGAAUUCAUUUCCAAGGAUGCAGUUAACAAUAUUGGAUUUUUCAGGAGUUCUUUAUGCUGAUGUGUCUGGGGCUCAUUUCUUGCCCUUCUUUCAGAAGGACUAUUUAAAUACUUUGUUUUGUAUGCCUCUGGUUCUGUGGAUUUGAAAAAGGCACUGCCAUGAUGAAUCACAGCGGUAAGCUUUUAACUGUGGCACAAUAUGUGGAUGUGUGGACUUUUUCUCCUAACAGAGGUUUUCAGUGAGCUGACAAAGUAGCGAUUCUAUGGACUGUUUUAGUCUAACUUAGCAACUUCAUGCAGGUUUUCUCGACUGAAGGCACAUUGCAGGGAAAUGUUGUGUUUUAUGCACUGGUUGAUACUGGGUGUCUAAUUGUUUGUCAUAUUUUAAGAAUAGAAUUUAGAUGACGUAGAAACAUAUCUGGAAGAGUAUUGCGGCAAAGUAUUUUAUAUCACAAAAGUAACUUUGUAUUUUGUAACGCAAAAUGUUUAGAAAUGUUUUCUGCUUUUAAAAGUCUGUAGAGUGUGCUUCAAGUGAAUCUGCAUAUUCUUUAGAUCACAAAACUAAUUUGUCAGCUUACUGUCAAAGAGUGCUUUUAGCAUGUUUAAACUCAAAGGUCAAACUUUGUAGGGCAUUCUUUUUAAAGA